AUGCCGCUGACACUUGGGGAGGGAGUUGUUGAGGAGGCUGGGGGCAAUGGCGACGAUACAUCGACUGCAUACCGGCCAUACGCCACGCUGUCCGAGGCCGAGCACGAGGCGCAGCUGAUGACGGCGACGGCGCUGUAUCGGCAUCCCGUCCACGCUGCGUUGGAUCUUGCUGAUCCUGCUGAAGAGGGGGUGAACACGGCGACCGUGGCGUAUGCCAAUGCUGCACGGGCGUCGAGGGCCACCGAGCUUGCCGUCCGGCCGUACACCAAUCUGGAGCAGAUGCACUUUGGCCCGCUGGGCAAGGUCAAAGGCAGGGGCGAGACGGCUACAAGUGACGAGGCUGCCGAGGCCGCGCGGCUGCGGGUCCUGCGGCAUCUAGAGGGCCGGGUGGAGGGCUACACCGGGUUCAAACCGGGCCUUCGCGACACGGUAUCCAUCGCCACGGCCGAGUACGCCCGCUGGCAGUUUGACCACUCGCACUCGGCGACGCAGGCGAAGAGCCCGGCCGAGGUCAAGCGCGAGGCGGUGGCGGCGAAGCGGGCGCGUGAGCGUGCCGAGCGGCAUGCACUGAUCGAGAAGCUCAAGGCCGAGCGCCGGGCUCGUGGCCUGCCCGACGGCGAUGACCACAUCGACGACGCACCGCGCCCGCCGGCACCGACCCGUGGCCGCAUCGCGGGCUGCACCAAGUUUGUGGCAGGCUUUGAAGAUGCGCUCGGCGCCUCGCAGGCGCGCUACACAGCGGCAUGGUACCAGAACCACUUUACAGAGGACGGCGAGCGGAUUGGCGAGUUGUAGCCGGCCAGGAUACGGUCGUGUAAACGAGGGCGCGG